UCGCUGCGCGCCCCCGUGCACUCGAACAGAGGGUGCGAUACAUAAUUCGGUCCCGGGGAGGGGACGCCUCAGUCCGGCCCCUUCUGUCAAAGCCCGCUGAGCCGCAGCCUGCACACAGCAGGACGAGGCGCGGAUGCGACUUCUGCUUCCUGCCUGCGAAUGAUGGAGAGUGAGGCCGGGAGGAGGACCAGCGCUGCUUUUGUUGCAGGUACAGCGGGACUUCCAGCGGCCGAGGAGGGACAGGGCAGAACGAGGAGCACCGCAGACGUAAACACUGCCAUGCCCUGCUUCAUGCAGCAGCGAUCCUCCGCCCGCUGCUCCUCCUCUGCUCCAGGACAGAGCGCUGUGUUCUAGAGGACAGCUCGGGAGGAGGAGGAGAGGGUAAAUAUUUGGUGCUGAAGUUGGGUCCGGGAUAGGAGGCUGUCGCUGAGGCAGACUCACUGCUGGGGAUCUCCGGCAGCCUGACUCUGCUGAGUCCGCGCUCUGCGGCCAUGCGGCAGGCAGCAUCCAAAGACCUGUUCCCUACAUGAGCUCCAGCUCCUGUGAGUAACAGCACAAAACUACCAGCGCUCCUUCUCAGCGUAUCUGCAGUGUUGUACUGUACUCUGGGAGCAGGCACACUUUCCACAUUUCACAGAGACGUGAUGAGCUGCUGACGUUUUACUGAAGCAGGUGUCUGACACAGGAAUCAAAGCUGCCGCUGCAUGACUGCUCUGUGAGACCAAUCUCUUUGUUGCCAGAGUUCACAUUAAGAGGCAGCACCAUGGGUGCCAAGCAGGCUAAAGGCCAGGAGCCUGCAGGAGCGAGUCCUCAGCACAGUUGGAAGCGGACACCCACCAAGGAGCGGGGAGACAUCUUAGCCUCCCUCAUGCUGAAGUCAGGGGACAGGCUGAGCCGUAGCGGGACGCCACCACCACCCUACCAGCGCCGCAUCGGCAUGAUCCAGGAGAUGAUGCUGAUGGCCAAACAGGGCAAGCAGGAUGAGGCCACGGAGAUGCUGAAGACGCUCCGACAGGACCUAGGCAUGGAAUCAACAUCACUGGAUGACGUGUUGUACCGCUACGCCAGCUUCAGAAACCUGGUUGAUCCCAUCACGCAUGAUCUGAUUAUCAGUCUGGCGCGAUACGUACACUGCCCCAAGACGGAGGGAGACUCUCUUGGGGCGAUGGAAAAGGUUUGUCGUCAGCUGACCUACCAUCUCAGCCCCCACUCUCGAUGGAGGAGACAGGGCCUGCUCAAGAGGAAACCUCAGGCCUGUCUGAAGGCAGUGCUGUCAGCCCCUCCAUCCAGCGGGGCAUUGGAUCUUUCCGGCAUCCCUCUGACAGCUCGGGACAUGGAGCGUCUGUGUGCGCACCUGCAGCGCUACGCGUCUACUCUGAUCAGCCUGGAGCUGGGCUUCACUGAGCUCACAGACGAGGCUUUCCUCCUGCUGCUCCCCACACUGGCCUCUCUCCCACACCUGGAGACUCUGGCACUGAACGGAAACAGGCUGACCAGAGCGAUUCUGAAGGAGCUGACAGAUGCCCUGAAGGAUCCGGGCAGUUUUCCAAGCGUGACAUGGAUUGACCUGGGCAACAAUGUGGAUAUUUUCUCCCUGCCGCAGCCCUUCCUGGUCAGCCUGAGGAAGCGCUGUCCCAAGCAAGGCAACCUGCCCACCAUCCAGGAGUUUGGAGAGAGCCAGGCCAGCGACCCCCCUGAAAGGCUACGGGGUCUUGGGGAAGAGGAGGAAACAGACGACACCAACCGGACUGAGAGCAUGGGCGAGCUCCGUUCGGAAGUAGAGGAAGAGCUGGAUGGAGAGAUGGAGAUAGAGGAGAUGAUGGAAGAGCUGCUGGACUUUGACAGGGAGGUACAAGGGAAGGAGGAUGAGGAGGAGAGCAUGUGGACAGUAGGGGAGCACAGGAAAGGAGGGGCGAGGAGGAGAAAGAGGGGA